CUCUAAGGUCUAUUCUCUAAGGAAUGUAGGAAAUAGAAUAUCAUAGUAGUAGAAGCGGCAGUAGGAGUAGCAGUGGCAAUGAUAGGCAUAGCAGGAAUACAGUCAAGGUACCAGCGGGGAGGUCUCGGGCGCCGCCGCCUUGUGGCAGGUGUUGCAGGUGCAUCGAAUGGCUCGUGCAGCCAAUGGAGCUCCCCUGUUCCAAGCAAGUCCCAACACCAUCUUCGCCUGCACAACUCCCCUGCCUCACGCCGACCACCUUACCAGAAUAGGACGAAUCCCCGCGAGAUGUAUCUGACAGCAGGCUUCAAUCCACGAAUGGCCUUAUCAGGCACGCCACGAUGGGACAAAACAGUCAGGAUCUCGACUAGGUGACUACCGUGUACCUCUUGAAAGGCGCCUAACAAGCUAGCAAGAUGUUGGAGGAAGCAAUGCCGCUGUAUGAACCCCUCGAUACUGGGAAGUCAGAAAUCAGGCUUCUCGAAUAUGUCAGCUUCUCUGGUCAGCCAUCUUUGAGACUGAGUUCGGUAUCCCUCGAUGAAAAGCCCGCAUACACAGCCCUAUCAUACGUUUGGGGUGAUGCUUCCAUCACUGAGACCAUCCUGUUGAACGGCCAAGAGUUUCAUGCAACCAAGAACCUGUUCAACGCUCUUCAGCAUCUUCAAGAUCAUUGGAUAGACACAUUUCCUGGCCGACAUCCGCAAGGCUUUAGAGUCUGGGUGGAUGCCCUUUGCAUCAACCAACAAGAUGUCGCAGAGCGAAACCAGCAAGUACAACUGAUGCGCCGAAUUUACUCGAGUGCCGAGCUCGUGUUCUCGUGGCUCGGAACGGACGACGAGGAGAUUGGCGCAGCAUUUGAGACGAUCAACCUGGUGGCUCAUGAAAUGGACAAAGUGGUAGGACGACGCCACAUUGGAGGAAUCGAGCCGCACGAUCUGAUCAGCUGGAUGAAAGAUUGGCCACAGCUCAUCGUGGCUGACAUAGGACCCGAAAAUGACUGGCAUUCCAAUCAGUCGUGGAAAAGCAUUCGAUCACUUUUCAACCUACCGUACUGGUUUCGCGUAUGGGUCGUUCAGGAAAUUGUCUUGGCAGAGAAUCUGGUCCUGUUGUCUGGCAAGUCCUCCGUUGAAUGGAUCGCGCUGUUCCUCACGUGCAGCUGGAUUGGAAGGCUGAAGGAGGUUCGCCACUACUUGCAGAAGCCUUCAUGGAUGGUGGAGUCUGCCUGGCUCAGCAUCACGUCGUCCGAUAGGGUGCCAUGGCACAAUCCGAUGCGGCUCAUGAAGGCAAAGCACCUGCAAAAGAGGCCAGAAAUGCUGGGUGCGGACGAGUGGGAGAGCUGGGCCUGGGAACUGAUGAGCUGGAACCACACCCUCUCCGCCACCGAUCCCAAGGAUAGCAUCUACGGCUUGCUCGGUCUCACCAAGUUGACUCUGAUUCCUGACUACAGUCCAGAAGUUUCGGUCGCAUCGGUAUAUGUCGAAUACUUUGACCAAUACCUUGCAUUCUGGAAACGAACAGGGCAAGGCAAAGAGCUCGAGCUUCUUCCCAUGGCUGGCCUACACAUGACCAUGGGUGCGACUCAACUACCCGUCGAAGUAGACCUCCCGACAUGGGUUCCGAACUACCCAAGCGCAUGGAGAGAAUCCAAUAGGUCGUUCGAGCCAAUCACAGGAGAUGCUGAUAAUGGAUUAUUCAAGUCAGAUGUCUUAGGUGCUUCUGUCACUGGCGACAGGCACUUACUGGUGUCCGGCAUUCGUAUCGGUAAGGUAGUUCGCAAUCUCCCGAAGCCAACAUUAUUCGACACUGAGCACAAACUUGUCAAAAUCAUCGAACAGCUGGGAACCAGCAAUAUUCGGUUUCCGAACGGAAUGACUGCGCAGGAAGCCGUGUUCCGCGCGGUGUUCGAAUCAGGCGGUCGCGGUGAAGCUAUCCUCUUUCAACAUCCCGACGUUAAAGCCAAGAUGGCUCUCGGCUUCUUGUUUUACUUGAUGUACAUCGAUCGAGAAUUCGCAGAGGAGACUUUAGGGCAGCAGCACCUAUUUGAGCUACUCGGUCUGGACGACAGCAACAGCGAGGCGUUUAAUAGCAGCAUCUCGGAAGUUUUCCUUUCUGGCCACGGCAUCGAGGGUCCAUGGUUGAACAGGUUCGUGGAGUGGAAUCCAGAGGACAACCUAUCACCUGAGGUCCAUGACCAGGUAAAAUCGGGCGUGGCUGCCUGGGACUGGCGUGACCGCGGGAUGUUGCAUAUCGGGGGAACUGGGGACAGCUACAUUGGCGUUUCCCGAAAGGACAUGGCGGAAGCUGGGGAUGUCGUAUGUAUACUGAAAGGGUCCUCGGUGCCUGUCAUCUUGAGGAAGACUGGAGAGGAGACAUCGUGGAGCUUGGUUGGCACGUGUUGGGUAGCUGGAAUGAUGAAUGACGAGGCGAAGACGAUGCUGCGUGACGGUUCCGUGAACGUGGAGAGAUUUGAGCUGCAUUGAUCGGGGAUUCUGUGGUCGUCUUAGCAACAUCAAGACGCCAGGCUUGAAAGGCCACGGCAGUCGUGUAGCCUCAUUCAGAUUUUCCUGAGGUGGGCGUAAAGAAAUAGCAGGCUUGUCCAUCAUAGAUGGCUCGCAAUCUAGAUUCAGUAAAAACGAAGGGGGCUAGACAGUAUUCUGUGCCGCUGGUGCCUGAGUAUUUCGUCCGCCCCAUGGCCUUUCAUCCCAUGAC